CGCCGUCGCCGCCGCGGGCGCCACCACCGCCGCCGCCGCCGCCGCCGCCGCCCGAGCCCGCGCCGAGCGUGCGCCUCGCCCUCCUCCCGCGCCCGCUCUGCUCUAGGAUGCUGCGGCAGGUUCUGCACAGGGGCUUGAGGACGUGUUUCUCCCGGCUCGGCCACUUCAUUGCCAGUCACCCGGUCUUCUUCGCCUCGGCGCCCGUGCUCAUCUCCAUCCUGCUCGGCGCCAGCUUCAGCCGCUACCAGGUCGAGGAGAGCGUGGAGCACCUGCUGGCGCCCCAGCACAGCCUCGCCAAGAUCGAGCGCAACCUCGUCAACAGCCUCUUCCCGGUCAACCGCUCCAAACACCGACUCUACUCGGACCUGCAGACCCCCGGGCGCUACGGCCGGGUCAUCGUCACCUCCUUCCAGAAAGCCAACAUGCUGGACCAGCAUCACACUGACCUGAUCUUAAAGUUGCAUGCUGCUGUGACCAGGAUCCAGGUUCCAAGGCCUGGUUUUAAUUACACGUUCGCCCACAUAUGUAUCCUGAAUAAUGAUAAGACUUGCAUCGUGGAUGACAUAGUGCAUGUUCUGGAGGAGCUAAAGAAUGCUCGGGCCACCAACCGGACCAAUUUUGCUAUCACAUACCCAAUCACUCACUUAAAGGACGGGAGGGCGGUGUACAACGGACAUCAGCUUGGAGGCGUCACUGUGCACAGCAAGGACCGGGUCAAGUCCGCAGAGGCCGUCCAGCUCACCUACUACCUGCAGUCAAUCAACAGUCUCAACGACAUGGUGGCUGAGAGGUGGGAGUCCAGCUUCUGCGACACUGUCCGACUAUUCCAGAAAUCCAACAGCAAAGUCAAAAUGUACCCUUACACGUCCUCCUCACUGAGGGAAGAUUUCCAGAAGACCAGCCGUGUAUCAGAACGUUACCUGGUCACCAGCCUGAUCCUGGUGGUCACUAUGGCCAUCCUGUGCUGUUCUAUGCAGGACUGCGUCCGCAGCAAACCCUGGCUAGGCCUGCUCGGGCUGGUGACUAUAACCCUGGCCACUCUCACCGCGGCCGGGAUCAUCAAUCUUACCGGUGGGAAAUACAAUUCCACCUUCCUGGGAGUCCCUUUCGUCAUGCUAGGUCAUGGAUUAUAUGGGACUUUUGAAAUGUUAUCCUCCUGGAGGAAAACUAGAGAAGACCAACAUGUUAAAGAGAGAACUGCAGCAGUCUAUGCAGACUCCAUGCUCUCCUUUUCUCUCACCACUGCCAUGUACCUGGUCACCUUUGGCAUAGGGGCCAGCCCUUUCACGAACAUUGAGGCAGCCAGGAUUUUCUGCUGCAAUUCCUGUAUCGCAAUCUUCUUCAACUACCUCUAUGUACUCUCGUUUUAUGGUUCCAGCCUGGUAUUCACUGGCUACAUAGAAAACAAUUACCAGCAUAGUAUCUUCUGUAGAAAAGUCCCAAAGCCCGAGGCAUUGCAGGAGAAGCCGGCAUGGUACAGGUUUCUCCUGACAGCCAGAUUCAGCGAGGAUACAACUGACGGCGAGGAAGCGAACACUUACGAGAGUCACCUAUUGGUAUGUUUCCUCAAACGCUAUUACUGUGACUGGAUAACCAACACCUAUGUCAAGCCUUUUGUAGUUCUCUUUUACCUUAUUUAUAUUUCCUUUGCCUUAAUGGGCUAUCUGCAGGUCAGUGAAGGGUCAGACCUUAGUAACAUCGUAGCAACCGCGACGCAAACCAUUGAGUACACUACUGCCCAGCAAAAGUACUUUAGUAACUACAGUCCGGUGAUUGGGUUUUACAUAUAUGAGUCCAUAGAGUACUGGAACACUAGCGUCCAAGAAGAUGUGCUAGAAUACACCAAGGGGUUUGUGCGGAUAUCCUGGUUUGAGAGCUAUUUAAAUUACCUUCGGAAACUCAAUGUGUCCACUGGCUUGCCUAAGAAAAAUUUCACAGACAUGUUGAGAAAUUCCUUCCUGAAAGCUCCCCAAUUUUCACAUUUUCAAGAGGACAUCAUCUUCUCUAAAAAGUACAAUGAUGAGGUUGAUGUAGUGGCCUCCAGAAUGUUUUUGGUGGCCAAGACCAUGGAAACUAACAGAGAAGAACUCUACGAUCUCCUGGAGACCCUCAGGAGACUUUCUGUCACCUCCAAGGUGAAGUUCAUUGUCUUCAACCCGUCCUUCGUGUAUAUGGAUCGAUAUGCCUCCUCUCUGGGAGCCCCCCUGCACAACUCCUGCAUCAGUGCUUUGUUCCUGCUCUUCUUCUCGGCAUUCCUGGUGGCAGAUUCUCUGAUUAACGUCUGGCUCACUCUCACGGUUGUGUCCGUGGAGUUUGGAGUUAUAGGUUUCAUGACUUUAUGGAAAGUAGAACUGGACUGCAUUUCUGUGCUAUGCUUAAUUUAUGGAAUUAACUACACAAUUGACAACUGUGCUCCACUGUUAUCCACAUUCGUUCUGGGCAAGGAUUUCACAAGAACUAAAUGGGUAAAAAACGCCCUGGAAGUGCAUGGGGUAGCUAUUUUACAGAGUUACCUCUGCUAUCUUGUUGGUCUGAUUCCUCUCGCAGCUGUGCCUUCAAAUCUGACCUGUACACUGUUCAGGUGCUUGUUUUUAAUAGCAUUUGUCACCUUCUUUCACUGCUUUGCCAUUUUACCUGUGAUACUGACUUUCCUGCCACCCUCGAAGAAAAAAAGGAAAGAGAAGAAAAACCCUGAAAACCGGGAGGAAAUUGAAUGUGUGGAAAUGGUGGAUAUUGACAGUACCCGAGUGGUUGACCAAAUUACAACAGUGUGAUAGAGUCUCUGCUUGUUAUAUUUUCACCCUAGGUCUUAUCGAGAGCAAAGAGAUUAUGUUACUGAAACAAAUUCAAAGUUGUUCUUUCUUUUUUAAGUAUAAGAAACAGACAUUGCCAAAGUAAAGGACAAGGGGGGAAAUGGGCAUUGCACAUUUUCAGUCUUUAACACAAAAGGACUGUUACCAGAAAGAAUGUACACACACACACACACACACACACACACACACACACACACGGAGACAGUCUUAAACUAAAAUCAAAUAGAAGAAAGCUUAUUAGCAAGCAGAAUCCUAUUUUAUUCACACUGCAGAUGUUGCUGGUAUUGUGACAAAAACCUACUGAUUGAAAGGUCAGCUGCCAAGGCAGAAAUAGCUUUAAGCAUUGUUCACACAAUAAAGCUUCCAGAACUUCUGCAGAGCAGUAGCUCCAGGCAGGGUCUGUGGUUUGAGGUCUUAGCUGUCUCAUCUAGCUCCGCAGCACCACAAGGAGAUGCUUUCAAAAGUUCUGGCCAGCAGAAACAAGCCAGAACUUUGGAAGUGACACACAGUAGAGUGGCCAUCACCCAUGGAGUGAAAUUGAGUGAUGUCUAAAUUCACCCAGGUGAGGCAGUUUUGUUUUGUAGAAUGAAUUGAUCAUAUCCCCCCAUCAGUAUACUUUCAACGUUUGUAUGAUUUGGUUAAUACACCUUUAAACCAAUGACAGCUCCAGCAUCGCGGAGUUGGGGCGAUUCUAUUUUGGAAUAUCUUGUCGCUUGUCACCAAAUGGAUCUGCUUUAUUAGUUACAGCUCUUGGCAGGAGGCUCUGAGUACCCAAAACGACAGAGCCAAACCCAAAUACCUGGCAUGAUGGAGAAGCAGGAGUCUACUUGAACCCAGAGACAGCGUCUCCAUUUUAACAAAACAAUAUGGCCAGCUGGUACAGCUGUUUGCAGUUUGACCCUACAUGCAGUUUUUGCGUGGAUGCCCAGAAACAACAUCUGCCUACGCACAGCUGAGGAAGGAGAAAUGAACACUGACAUGGUUGUUUGCCAUAGCUUUCAACUAGUAGAGCCGGUCUGCCUUCACGAUGAGACCGGCUGCUCAAAGACACAGAGGAGAAAAGAAAGUUCUUUGGUGAGUGUAAUCCCGAAAUGAAGAAAAUUUUCAGAAGUGCAGGCAGGGAGAUGAAGGACUGAAGGGGAGACAGAUGGAAAUGACCGGAAGAUGUAAUCACCGAUACUAGCGUAUCACUGGUGACAGUCAAACGUUCCUGCUAAGCCGGCUGCACUUUCAUCUCCCUGGUUCCCUCCCCCUGCCCCCGCACACACAUACCUUUGCUGGUGUCCCUCUAAUGCAUUGCACGGCCCUUCUGUACAUUAAUGAGCCUAGUUUAUACUGUUUAUACUGUUGAUUGCCAUAUCCACAGGCUCUAAAAAGAAACAGCUUGAUUGGAAGAGGCUGUGUAUGCUGUCCCAGACCCCUGCAUUUCUUUAUGUCUAUAAAAAUGAAGCUAACUCCUGGUCACAUUUGAGGCAAACGUCUACAGUAUUUUUCCCUUUUAGAGACGUAGCUUAUUUAGACAUCUAUAGUGGUAAGCAUUUCCCAAAAGCACCUUUGCUCUCUGGACCUUAGCGGAUGUACCGUGCAACUUCCCCAUCCUCCACAGAGGAGGAAACCAAGACCUAGGAGGAAAAAGCGACUCAGCCAGGGUCACACCACUAGAGGGUUUCCAUCAUUUUAGCAUGCCUAAGACGGGGCAGGCCACUUUUAGAUUUUCCCUUAAGAGGGCUAUUACUCCCUUCAAGGUACAUUUCCAAGGAAAGAACAUAGGACUUUACUGGCCACAAGGCAGACUUUUUUUUUUUUUUUUUUUUGUAAUGUCUGGGUAAUGUUUGGGAUUUAGCUUUGCCAUUGUCUUUCCAAACAGCAAAAAUGCCCAAAUGAUUCAGAUGUAACUGCACCAAGUGCAAACCUGUGCUUUCUAUUUCAUGUACUGUUGUUCACAGAGUUCAAAAUACACGUGCAGGGGGUCGUAGCUAGUGCAUUACGCACUUGUGCAGUCUCUCCUGCAGACACACUAAGUGAUCAUACCAACGUGUUAUGCACUCAACUAGAAGAUAAUGAGCUUUAAUCUGAGGACAAGUAUAAGUCCUCAAAAAAGGGCAAGUUCGCAUAAUAGAUCUGCGAUCAAUUCUCUCUCCAAGGGGCCUGCAACUACGCUAUUAUUUAUAAAACACAGAUGAAGAGGAGAUUGGUUUUAUUCUUGAGUCAUAUGUUGCUAAAUCAUUUUCUGAACAGUGUGUUCUAAAUCAGCCAUUGAUUUAGUGUCGGCCACGUGGAGUACCUCGGGUGAAAGCUACUCCACAAAACUGAUAAAACACACACGCCAAUUAAACAGAUUUUGUUGAGAAUUUCAUCAUUCAAUUUGGUCAACCAGAAUGACUUGCUGUGGAACUUUGUUUUAUGACAGAUGGUAGUUUUCCAACUUGAUUGAGUCUCUGUAUACCUUGGAAUAUUGUAUUUUUAAAUGAAGGGCAUUUUCAACCUUGUCAACUUCCCUUUUCAGCACUUGAAAUCAAGGCUUAUGGAAUUCUGA